GGAAGCAGUACUGUACUAAAUGUACUGCACUUAGUAGCACGUUUCUAAAAUUUCUGGGAAUCUUUCUUAUUCGGGAAUCUGGCUACGGUAGUUAUUUAUUAAUAAUUUGACUGUCACAAUAAAAGCUGUGACAGACCCAUUACUGACAUCUUUUUCAAGCUCGAUUGAGCACACAUCUGUCUGCUUGAAGUAUUCUGAUUUGUCGCGUAAAGUGCUACGGAGUGAAAAGAAUAUGGCUUUGAAUCAGGCGCAUUAUAAUGGUGGUGUCCUAAUCCAUUCUGGAGAAUGGAUCAUCCUGUACUGCGACGGGGUGGAAAUGGGCUUCGAAGGAUCGGAUGAAGUGGCUAUGAAGGGCAAGAAGAAGGGACGCCUCUAUCUGACAAGCCAUCGUGUGAUCUUCACCAGCAAAGAUCUGAAGGACGCGCUGCAGUCCUUCUCGAUGCCCUUCAGCAAUCUGGGCUCGGUGGACAUUGAUCAGCCGGUUUUCGGCGCUAAUGCCAUCAAGGGCAGCGUCAAGUCUCUGCCCGGAGGCAACUGGAAUGGACAGGCCAAAUUCCGACUGACCUUCAGCCAUGGAGGCGCCAUUGAGUUCGGACAGGCUAUGGUCCAGGCGGCGAAACUGGCUUCUCGCAAUCCGCCGCCGCCCUACAGUCCACCGUAUACGAGUCCCGCUGAGGGCGGAAACUUCUACCAUCCGCAGCCCAAGCAGUACAUGUCGGAAGAUUCGAACAUCAACGGAUUCGUCCCACCCAAGGACAAGUUUCCCACGGCCCCACCAGCGGGAGAAGUCUGGAUGACGGAUCAGCCGCCGCCGUAUGCAUCCAUCUAUCCCCAGAUCCCACAGCAGCAGCAGCAGCAGUACAACCCGUAUGGUGCGCCGGCUCCGGCUGCUGGUUACGCAAUGCCAGCCGGAUACGCUGCUCCGUAUCCACCAGCAGGAGCAGCUUAUGUCAACACGGCACCACCACCCACCUAUCAGGGCAACUACCCGCAACAAUAUCCAGCUGGAUCUUAUCCAUCGGCUCCUCCGCCAUAUCAAGAGAAGCAGUGAAGUGUCCAGGGUUUGUAAAAAGGAACAACAUUUAGCCUGGAAACUUAUCCAUUUCCAUUAUGAUCGUCAGUUUCAUCAUCAUCGUAACGAUAUCCCGCAUUCCGUUAUUGUUACUCGGAUUUAUGGUAACUAUUACCCGAUUUAUCCCAUUGAUAUCCCAAGAGCAGAACAACCUUGGUUACAUGUCAGAUUCAUGCGCCAGGCCUAUACGUCAUUUCUUAAUCUCUGAUUAAUCUGCAUCAUGAUGUUAGCCGGAAUUUACGUACCUGACCGUGCGAAGACAUGCUGUUUUUACGUGUUUUACCUUUCUUAACUUUCUGCUUACUUCGACUUCAUUGAACAAUAGCUUGGUAAUCCAAAAGUUAUAGUUCGUAGUAAACAAUGACUAGUUUGGUCUUUUAUUGAGAGAAUCGUAUAUGUAUGCUUUUUGAAUUUUGAGCUUGUGUAGGUUUAAUAAACGCUACGUAUCUAGUCAAAUAAAGCUUGCUCACGACCGA